UCGGUCUGUUGAGGAAGCAGCUGCGUAGGGUGUGUGUGUGUGUGUGUGUGUGUGUGUGUGUUGUCAGCUGUCGCGUGUGUGUGAGAGAGAGUGUGUGAGUGUGUUUCACCGAUGGAGUCGAACAGUACUGCGUACGGAGCUUCUCUCGCCGGAGCGGGAUUCGAUCUCAUCAAAUUCAUCAAACAGCCUCAAACCAUCAUACGGUUCCUCAGCUGGGUGUUCUCCAUCGUGGUGUUUGCCACCAUUACUGCUGAAGGUUACAUGAACAGCAAUGUUGGAGUCCAGGUGAAGUGUGUCUUCAACGACAAUGAAGGAGCCUGUCAUUACGGCGCGGGCAUCGGCGUCAUCGCCUUCCUGGCCUGCUUCGCCUUCCUAUUGGCUGAUGCGCUCCUGCCUUCGAUGAGCAAUGCUCAGGAGAGGAAGUACAUAGUGAUGGCUGAUCUGUGCUUCUCAGCUGUCUGGACGUUCCUGUGGUUUGUGUGUUUCUGUCUCUUGGCGGAUCAGUGGUCAAAGACCAACGACACCAGGGCCAUCCAUAAAGAUGCCGUCCAUGCCAUCAUCACCUUCUCAUUCUUCUCCAUCGGGUCGUGGGGAGCGCUGACGUACUUCGCCCUGAUAAGGUUUCGUCAGGGUGUUAAAGACGUGACCCAGAACUACGUCGAUCCGCCAGCGGACCCUACAUCAGUGUAUCCCGAAACAUACACGCCCACCACAUUCCCGUCCUUCCAGAGCAAUGGUCAAGAAAUCUUCCAGCAGCCGCCCAUCUCACCGAACCCUGACCCAUCCGGCCAGAGCAGCUACCAGCCGCCCGACUACUGACCUCUGACCUGCACGACACCAGGUCACGUGACCUCCUGCAGGAGACUGUUUGGCAUGUGUAAAUAUUGUUGUCUUAUGUGGCUGUAGAUGAGUUCAGAUUUGCACUGAAGAGCUGGAAUAAAACGACAAGUUAUUGUGGAGCAGCUCUGUGGCUCACACUGGAAUCACAGCAGCGUUUGUGUGUUCUGUUAACGUUUCUGUUUGAGUAGAAAUGAGGCUGAAACUAAAAUAGCCCUUGUUUACUAAUGGUGUUGGUGAAUGAAGAGCUGGUGGGAUCCACUGUAGGAAUGUGGGAGAGUUACCAGAUUAUGUUUAAACAUAAGUCGUAGGUUUUACAUGAGGCUGUUGUGAUCUGAACUGAUUUCUUGUGUGGCUCAAUCUGGUUUUGUUCGUGUCUCUCGAUGCGAAAACGUUCACUGAUCCACAUAAACACACUGUGAUGCUGAUCUCUGGUGCUGUUUGAUUAGAUUUUCUAAUUUCCUGCCAUACAACACUGAUUUGAUGAAGUUUAUUAAUCCAUUACAGGUUCAUACACGAGUAUAAAAAAAAUAUCAGAAACUGAUUUAUUUCCAAUGUUUGAUUUGCAGUUUGCUUUAAUGAGUUUGGCAUUUGCUUUUUGUGCAUCUUCAGAUUACAAUUUUGUUGUCUCAGUUUUCUCUGAAUAACCAGAUCAUUUUUUUAAUUGCAGCUAAAAACAAAAACAAUGGUUUGUAUUCUAAAUAAAAAUAAACAAAUGCAACAACUUG